AUGAUCGUGAGGGUAACGCACGCACGCACAAGGAGACAGGUGCUUCAACUCCACACCCGAGACAGAACUCAAGUGAACAUCAGCAACGCUAGCAGUGUGGGGCACGCGGAAAGCGGGAUAAGAGCUGGCGCAGAGCAAGCGCCUCUGGUUUUUGCCUUUUCGGCAGCGCUUUCUCCGUGUCGCUGCUCCUGUUGGCUUUUGUUUCUUUUUCAAUCCCUGCUGGUGGGUUUGCGGGAGAGGAAACAAAGCCAGCGAAGGAUGUCUGGGGUGCUGGCGUGGAGUCUCCUUCUUCCAUCUCUUAUCAUUGCUAUACGCCUCUCUUCAAGUUUGUUCUCCCCCUCCUUCUGGAACUCAACGACAUAUGCUUAUGUUUUCUUCUCACCUUUGCCUUCCGUUUCUAUUUCUUCAAAAAACAAAACUCCCUUUUUCUUUCAUUAG